UAUCAGCAGGUUACAGCAGUCUGGAUUGGAUGUUCUGUGAUUGAAAGAUGUGUUUUUUGUCAUUGAUUUUGCCCGUGUCCCCGUGUCUGUCCUUCUCUCUGUGUCACGUUGCCGUGUUUUCCUGGCCUGAACAGGGCAGCAUGUUGCUCUGGUAAACUGUCUGAGGUUUGUCUUUGACAGGUUAGACGAGGCAGCCAGCAAAGCCAUUUUACUGUUCUCCCCCCUGAUUUCGUCUGCAGAUGUGCCGUGUUUCCGUCUGUGUCAUCUCACCGCUCUGUUGUGACAGAGGAGGAUGGAAGGUGUUGGGGAGGGUUUGGGGAAGCAGGAAAAUUGAAAAGGAAGCAGUAUUUUAGUUUUCAGUGAUUAGAAGCAGCACGCUGGUGUGCAGCGUUCCUCAAAGUGUGAGGGAGGGAAAAUGGUCAAAGCUGUGAAGCCCUCUGAGCGCUGAGGCCACGGCGUCUGCCGUGGCUUCAGAGAAAAUGUUAACAGCAACAACAGGAUCGACGACGGGACGCCUGAAAACCAAGCGUGGUGGAGGAGGAGGGUAACACAGAAACGCAGACAGGAACAGAACAAAUGGAGAUUUCAACACGAUCCAAAGUUUCAGACACGGGGUCAACGGAGCGGAUGGCCCCGAAGAGAAAGAUGCCCAGUCCUUCUCACUCAUCCAACGGCCACUCCUCGACUGAAACCUCACCCUGCCCGGUGAAGAAGAAGAAAAAGCCAGGUGCUGUGAGCGGCAGCAAAGAUCAGUCAGAACUAAGACAUGGUCCCUUUUACUAUGUGAAGCAGCCAGCACUCACCACAGACCCUGUUGAUGUUGUACCGCAGGACGGCAGGAAUGACUUCUACUGCUGGCUGUGCCACCGCGAGGGCCAGGUGCUCUGCUGUGAGCUCUGCCCCAGGGUGUACCACGCCAAGUGUCUCAAACUACCAGCCGAGCCCGAGGGCGACUGGUUCUGUCCGGAGUGUGAGAAAAUUACGGUUGCCGAGUGUAUAGAGACUCAGAGCAAAGCCAUGAUGAUGCUAACUAUAGACCAGCUGUCUUACCUACUAAAGUUUGCCCUGCAGAAGAUGAAACAACCAGGCGACCAUCCCCGCUUGUCAUCUCGCCCCCCCCAUGCAGCUUCCACGCAGAGAAAGACUUUUAAUUGGACUGAACCCUUCCAGAAACCUGUGUCUCUGGAACAGCAUCCAGAUUAUGCUGAGUACAUUUUUCACCCUAUGGACCUUUGCACACUUGAGAAGAAUAUUAAAAAGAAAAUGUAUGGAUGCACUGAGGCAUUUUUAGCAGAUGCAAAAUGGAUUUUGCACAACUGUAUCAUAUACAAUGGAGGCAACCACAAACUCACAGCUACAGCUAAAGUGAUUGUGAAAAUCUGUGAACAUGAGAUGAAUGAGAUUGAAGUUUGUCCCGAGUGUUACCUCUCUGCUUGCCAAAAGAGAGACAACUGGUUCUGUGAGCCUUGUAGUAAUCCACACCCACUAGUGUGGGCCAAACUUAAGGGAUUUCCAUUCUGGCCUGCUAAAGCUCUGCGGGACAAAGAUGGACAGGUGGAUGCUCGGUUCUUUGGUCAGCAUGACAGGGCUUGGGUUCCUUUAAACAACUGCUACCUCAUGUCUAAAGAGAUUCCAUUCUCUGUGAAGAAAACCAAGAGUAUCUUCAACAGCGCAAUGCAAGAAAUGGAAGUCUAUGUGGAAAACAUGAGGAAGAAGUUUGGGGUGUUUAAUUACGCCCCCUUCAGGACACCGUACACUCCCGACAAUAACUACCAGAUGCUGCUGGAUCCCUCCAACCCUUCAUCUACGCCCAUCAAAUCCGACAAGCAGGACAAGAUCAAACUGAGCUUUGACAUGACGGCGUCGCCCAAGAUCCCCUUGACCAGGGCCGUGCUGUCUGGGACCGGGGUGGGUGGGAGCGCCGCCGGGCGGCGGGCCCCUCUCGGUGACAUGCCCCGCUCGCCCAUGAGCACCAACUCCUCCGCCCACACAGGUUCGGAUGGGGAACAGGAAACGGCAGACAAGUCCCAGACAAAAGCAGCAAACAGCCAGUACAGUGCUGGAGAGGAGUCCAUGGACUGCACAGGCAGCUCCCUGGACAGCCCUAAAACAUUCCACUCCCAAGGUCCCGGCAUCCCAAAGCAGGAGAAAACUCCACAGACAGGAAGCAUUUUGAACCUGAAUCUGGAUCGGAGUAAAGCAGAAAUGGACCUGAAGGAGCUCAGUGAAACGGUUCAGCAGAAACAAGGAGCCACACCAGUACUCACUUCCCCGAAAAGACAGAUCAAGAGCCGCUUCCAGCUGAACUUGGAUAAAACCAUUGAGAGCUGCAAGGCACAGCUGGGUAUCGACGACAUCUCUGUGGAUGUGUAUAAAGGUGUGGAGCACAGUGACUCAGAGGACUCUGAUAAAUCUGACUCCAGUGACAGUGAGUACGCCAGCGACGACGAACAGAAGACGAAGGACGGCCAAGACGCUGUGGCCAGUGAAGAGGCCCAGAAAGAACCGCAGAAAAGUAAGGUCAAAGGCCAGCCGGGCCUGGGCCCAGACGGGGAGGCCAAAGCUGAUUUUCUUUCAUCAGCCGAGUCUGCAGCAAGCAACACUGGUGCAACUGUGUCCGAGUCUCCAACCAAGGAGAAAUUAAACAGCGAUUCAGAGAAAGAAAUCCCAGAGAAGACCAAAGCACCACCAGAAUCACCUGCAUCAAAGGAGAAGUGCCACAUCAAACAGGAGACAAAGCAAACUGUGCCGGUGGAGGACUCUGAUUCAGAGAGGGAGCUGGUGAUCGACCUCGGAGAGGACCAGGGUGGCAAGGACAGGAAAAGGAGCAGAAAAGACAGCGCCACAGCUAAAGAGUCAGCUGCUGGUAAGCCUGAAGGUAAAACCCAGACCACGUCAGCACUCCCAUCUCAAACCAGCACAGCCCCCUCCACGCCCUCCAGUGUGUCCACACAGUCCACUGUGGCCAUUCCUGUCACCAUGGUGUCCUUCACCGCCCCCUCUCCGGCCACCAUCAGCCUCACAUCCGUGUCCAGCGCCACUGCAACCCCGCCUCCUUCCUCGUCCGCCUCCACCACUCCAGCUUUGAAAAAACAGCGCCCCCUGCUGCCCAGAGAAACUGUGCCAGUUGUGCAGAGGGCUGUGGUUUGGAAUCCCAGCACCAAGUUCCAGACCUCGUCUCAGAAAUGGCACAUGCAGAAGGUGCAGCGGCAGCAGCAGAAUCAGCAGCCUGCGGCGGCGGCGGCGGCGGCGCAGCCUGCGUCUCCGAGGCAAGGCCAGGCUCAGGCGUCGAGUCAAACGCAAGCAGCGGGAAAUGGUUCUGCAGGAGCCGCCUCUUCGUCUGCACAGAGCACACGCUAUCAGACCAGACAAGCUGUCAAAGCUGUUCAGCAGAAAGACGCUCCACUCAGCACCACCACGUCCGCGGUCACCCUGGUGUCCAGCAGUCCCGUUGCCAUCAUGGCCGCGUCCAGUUUAGGCACCUCUGCCUCGACUUCGCCGGGAGCCACAGACCUGUACAUCCCCACCGCCUCAGCAGACGUAGCUGCAGACAUCGCCAAGUACACAAGCAAAAUAAUGGAUGCGAUCAAAGGUACGAUGACUGAAAUCUACAAUGACCUUUCAAAGAGCACUUCCGGGAAUACAAUAGCGGAGCCUUCCCAUGUGCUUUCCUCACAGAUACGACGUCUGAGGAUCGAAAUAGAAAAACUGCAGUGGCUACAUCAACAGGAGUUGUCAGAAAUGAAGCACAAUCUUGAGCUGACGAUGGCGGAGAUGAGGCAGAGUCUGGAGCAGGAGAGGGAGAGGCUGGUGUCUGAGGUGAAGAAGCAGAUGGAGGUGGAGAAGCAGCAGGCUGUGGAUGAGACGAAGAAGAAACAGUGGUGUGCCAACUGCAGAAAGGAGGCCAUCUUCUACUGCUGCUGGAACACGAGCUACUGCGAUUACCCAUGUCAGCAAGCCCACUGGCCUGAGCACAUGAAGUCCUGCACGCAAUCAGCCACAGCCCCACAGCAAGAACCAGAGACUGAACCAACAGCAGACCUCCCAAACAAAGGUUUAGGUCAGACUAGCAGUGGCCCAAACUCUCUCAGAGACCCGCCAGCCUCAGCACCACCAGACAAAGACUGUGAAGUGGAGAAGAGCACUGACAGUGUUGCUGUGACUUUGUCGUAACCAACAUCACCAUACUUGAAAAUGUAAAUGUAUAUGUUGUUUUUUUCCCCCCACUAUGCUAUUAUAGUGGAAUGUGUGUAUGUAAAUUGUUUGGUUCAGAAGAUUGCUACAAAUUGAUAAUCGAAAUGCUCUUUUUAUUUAUUUUUAUUUGUUUUUCUGAGCUCACACACCCUGCAGUGCACAGUGGGAUGAAAAAAAACAAAAUAAAACUGAUAGGUAACACUAAACACAUAUAGAGGGCAGUUAAAAUCCAUUUAGCAUAUUCACACACUUUACUGAUCUGUACAGAGAGCUGUUAGUAUAACGAUCUUAAAAGCAUGCUACAGUAUGACAAUACAUAAAUGGUGUAAUAGACAACAGUUUACGACGGGAGAAAUGUAACCGAUGUUUAUGGACCAUCUCUGAUGUAGCUCAGAGGAAAUCUGACAGAAAUGUCUGUAUAUUACUCUUUUGUAUGUUGUGUUAAUUUAUUUGUAAUUCUGGUGUUGCUGGUUGUAUACUGCAAAGACAAUAACAAAUACACACAUUUAAAA